AAUCUUCUAUAGGAAUACGGCUCUGGCUUGUACUCUCUUCAAUUCAUAUAUCAGAAAGUUCAAUGACAUUCCUCAUUUCAAACUCUCUUUCUUUCUUCAUAUUUGAUUCUUUUAUACGCGGAUCAACUUUACGACCAUUACAUGAUUUACAAUUACAUGUCACAUGUUUUCUGGUAGAUGAUUUAGAAGUUUUUGAUAUUUUGGAUAUAUUUUCUUCAAAAACUUCUUUCGAUUAUACAAAAUUUCUUUUGAUUUGC